AUACCGGAUGUGCCCAAAGCUGAGCUAAAAAAAACUGACUUUGAUCCGCCAACUUCUGUGUGCUCAGCGAAGCAAAGCAUGAGGUCUGAUGAUUAUCCCUGUUUUUCUCUCUUGAAUCGUGGAAUAAUCUAUAUUUGAGUUCGGACUUGAUUGUAUUGUUAAUAUAAUCUUUUUAACUUGGUUUUUUUCUGGGGGGAAAAAAGAACAAAAACGGAAACGUUAGCUUUAACAGGCAGCGAACUCCUCCUCUCCGUAUCCCUCACCUCCACCGUCCUGUGAAGGCUGCUAGCUAUGGUGUGAUUGUGACUAACUGUCGCCGAGGGAAGUUAUAAUUGACAUCAUCAUAGCUGAAUGGCUUCAGCGUCGGCCUGUCAGCUGUUGUUUAACGCCUGCAUGCUCUUAAACCGAUAGCCAUUUGAGCUCCUUGUCGGGAGGAACCGCUAUUUUUUUUUUCAAGGCGGAAAUAACCAACACUCUCAUCCGCCGCCUUGUAGUUCUCAGCUUAAAAAAAAAGAUGUCCUUCUUUAAUUUUCGCAAGAUAUUCAAGUUAGGGCCCGAUAAAAAGAAGAAGCAGUAUGAGCACGUGCAUAGAGAUGUCAACCCCGAGGAGAUAUGGGAAAUCAUUGGGGAGCUAGGAGAUGGUGCUUUUGGGAAAGUCUUCAAGGCCCAGAACAAACUGAAUGGGACUCUUGCAGCUGCUAAAGUUAUUGAUACCAAAUCAGAAGAUGAGUUGGAGGAUUAUAUGGUGGAGAUUGACAUUCUGGCCUCUUGUGACCACCCUCACAUUGUCAAACUGCUGGAUGCCUUUUAUUUUGAAGCCAAACUUUGGAUUCUGAUUGAGUUCUGUGCCGGUGGAGCGGUUGAUGCCAUCAUGUUGGAACUGGAGAGACCCCUGACCGAGCCCCAGAUCCGAGUGGUGUGCAGGCAGACCUUGGAGGCUUUGGUCUACCUCCACGAGAGCAAGAUCAUCCACAGAGACCUGAAGGCUGGGAACAUCCUGCUGUCUUUAGACGGAGACGUGAAGCUGGCUGACUUUGGAGUGUCUGCUAAAAAUACCAAGACGCUACAGAGAAGGGUUUCUUUCAUCGGUACUCCAUAUUGGAUGGCUCCGGAGGUGGUGAUGUGCGAAACUUCGAAAGACCGCCCGUACGACUACAAAGCCGACAUCUGGUCCCUGGGGGUGACCCUGAUCGAGAUGGCGCAGGUUGAACCGCCCAACCAUGAGAUGAAUCCCAUGAGGGUGCUACUGAAAAUAGCCAAGUCUGAGCCUCCCACACUCAUGCAGCCCUCUCGCUGGUCUCCAGAAUUCAGCGACUUUCUCCGGAAAGCUCUUGACAAGAAUGUGGACAACAGGUGGAGCGCACCACAGCUCCUACAGCAUCCUUUUGUCGCCAGUGUAUGCGACAGCAAACCUCUCUUAGGGCUCAUCGCUGAGGCCAAAGCAGAAGUCACAGAGGAGAUCGAGGAUAGCAAAGAAGAGGAAGAGGAGGAAGAGCCCGACACACCUGUGGCGGCUCCUGGCCACAAGCGGGUGCCAUCAGACGUCAGCGUCGCCAGCUCAGAGGACGACAAAGCCCUCCCGACUCCCCCGACUCUGGAAUCUGUCACAGAAACGACGGAAGCCGAGCGCGCAGAGGACAGGGCCAGCGAUAAGCUCUCCGAUGAAGGACUCGGAACGAGUGAAGUAGAUAAGAACGAAGAGGAGAAGCUCAAUGAGGUUUCUGAUGCCAGUAAUGAAGACCUGGCCUCUUGUCUCAGCCAGAACAAGAAGGACUUUAUUUCCCAAGAUUCCAUGCAGCCUAAAGCAGAGGAGGAUCAAACGGAGAAGGUCAUAGAUGGGGGUGUAGUUUUGGAGCCGGAAACAGCUGGAGAAAUAGUGAACUCCUCAGAACUCAUCACAGACGGUCAACAAGCUGAGGUAGACAGUCAAGUCGUGGACGAGAAGACAUUAGAGGAUGAUGCAAUCCAAGUGCUUAAUGAAGAGGAACCAAAGGAUGAGAAACAAGAAACGGACGGAGAAAAACCUCUAGAAACACAUGAUGAAGGAAAUGAUGUGACAGAAACCACAUCGGAGGAGGUGCCUCAGGUAGGAGAAGAAACCAAGGAACCCAAAGAGACGGAGAACAUUCAAGAAGACACGGAUAAGAAGACGGACGUGGAUGGAGAUGACGGUAAUCAAGUCCCGACAUUAAGUGUGGACGAGUCCUCCACUGAUGAUCUUGAAGAGAACAAGAGCUUAACUCAGUCAAAGGACGAAACCUCUAACGAUCCGGAAACUAAGAUUCCCCCCACAGAGGAGGCUGAUGUGCAGGAACAAGGGAAGGAAAGCUCUCAGGAUUUAGAGCAGACCACUAAAGAUGAAGAGAAAGCUGACAACAUCUCUGUCCCUGACGCCGUCUCCGUCCAAGAGAGUGAAACGGAUUCAGAGACCAAGACGGAGCACGGGAGCCCCGCCGUCAUCAAGUCGGAUGUGGAGAAGGACUCGGAUUCAGGAAGCAGCUCUGCUGCCGACAGCAACAGCCUCGACCUCAAUCUGUCCAUCUCCAGCUUCCUGUCCAAAAGCAAAGAAGGGGGCUCUGUCUCUUUGCAGGAAUCGAAACGUCAGAAGAAGACCCUGAAGAAGACGCGCAAAUUUAUGGUCGACGGUGUGGAGGUCAGCGUAACGACAUCGAAGAUCGUGACGGAUAACGACACCAAGAACGAGGAGAUGAGGUUCCUGAGGCGUCAGGAGCUCAGAGAGCUGCGUCUUCUUCAGAAAGAGGAGCAGAGGGCCCAGCAGCAGCUCAGCAACAAGCUGCUGCAGCAGCGAGACCAGAUCUACCGACGCUUUGAUCAGGAAACUGCUGUAAAGAAACGUCAAUACGACCAGGAAGUGGAGAACUUGGAGAAGAAGCAGAAGCAGACCAUCGAACGUUUAGAACAGGAUCACACCAACCGGCUCCGAGACGAAGCCAAGCGCAUCAAAACCGAUCAAGAAAAGGAGCUCUCCAAAUUCCAAAACAUGAUGAAGAACCGGAAGAAAGAGGCCAUUAAGGAGGUCGGACAGGCCCCCAAAAGCAUGAGACAAGACCUCUUGAAACGUGUAAAGGAAGACCUGUCACUCCUCAAGAUGGUUGAGGAGCAGGAGUUCCUCCAGAAGCAACAGCAAGAGCUGGACGGAGCGCUGAAGAAAAUCAUCCAGCAGCACAAACUGGAGAUCGCCACUAUUGAGAGAGACUGCCUCAACCACAAACAGCAGCUGAUGAGAGCUAGAGAGGCGGCCAUGUGGGAGUUAGAGGAGCGCCACCUGCAGGAGAAACAUCAACUGCUGAAGCAGCAGCUGAAAGACCAGUAUUUUAUGCAGAGACAUCAGUUGUUAAAGAGGCAUGAGAAGGAAAUGGAACAGAUGCAGCGCUACAACCAGCGCCUUGUUGAGGAACUGAAGAACAAACAGACUCAGGAGAAAACGCGCUUGCCCAAAAUCCAACGGAGCGACGCCAAGACGCGCAUGGCCAUGUUUAAGAAGAGCCUCAGGAUCACGGCCACAGCCGCCAUCACGCCGGAGCAGGAAAGGGAGCGGAUAAAACUGUUUGCUGCACAGGAGGAAAAGAGGCAGAAGAACGAGAGACUCCAUCAACACCAGAAACACGAGAAUCAAAUGAGAGAUCUGCAGCUGCAGUGCGACUCAAACGUCCGGGAGCUGCAGCAGCUGCAGAAUGAAAAAUGCCAUCUUCUGAUCGAACACGAGACUCAGAAGCUGAAGGAGCUGGACGAAGAACACAGCCAGGAGAUCAAGGAAUGGCGAGAAAAGCUCAGACCCAGGAAGAAGGCCUUGGAGGAGGAGUUCACGCGGAAACUCCAGGAGCAGGAGGUGUUCUUCAAGAUGAGCGGCGAGUCGGAAUGCCUUAACCCCACCACCCAGAGUCGAGUCUCCAAGUUUUACCCAAUACCGAACCUGCACAGCUCUGGCUCCUAGCAGUCCUGUCAGACUUUUUCUCCGACUUCCUAGUGGAACAACUCGGAUUUAAUUUCAAACGUUCAACUUCCGUUCCACAAUCAGUGAGCGUGAUGUGCCUCCACAUCGCUCCGGUUUUAUUCCGCUUGCUGGGAAACGUCUAAUGUAUUUCGCACCUUCUUGAGCAAGUUGUGACGGUUGCUAAGGUGAAGCCAUGCUCGUCAUGUUGCCGUACGCACAGCCUGCUGCAGAGUAAACAAUCUCCAGUGCCUCAUGUUGUUUGUUUUUGCUUCUGGACUUUUCCUUUUUGAAAGUUUGCACUCAGAUAUCAUUUGUGCUCAUAGCAACGAUGGUUCUUAAGCAGUCAGUCGUCUUCGACCGAUGAGAAAGCCGUUUACUGGAAAUCACUUUGCAGGGUGGAUCUUACUGAAGGAAAGAAGACUGUAGUUGUGGGAUUUUAUUACAGCUGUGCAAUUUUCCGUGUGCUUUUCUGUAGCGUCGCCACGAGUCAAAGUGAAGGUCGCUCAUUCAAAUGAUUCAAAUGAAUAUGCUGUGUUCUGUGCUCGGUACAUAUGAGGUUUAUACAAACAGUUUUAAGAUUUGACUACAAAAUAUGUUUAUUUAUUGACACAUUAGGUCCCUUCAUUCUUCUGCAACUCGUUUCUGUUUAAGCAAACAAAGGCUACGUUUUAUUUUAUUUUUAUUUUGAAAUCUUUAGCGUUUUUGGGAUAUUUGGAGCACCUCCAUCACAAAUAGUGAUUUUUCGUGAAGUUCAGAUGGAAUGUAAAACUUGAUUUGCACUGUUUUUGCCACGCAAGAGGAAACUUAUGCAGUUGUUAAUGUCAUCUCACCAAAACUUUAUUUAAAUUCACAGCUGACACAACCAUUUCUUUAGUUUUGCCUGCCUUUUUAACCACUUUUUUGUGUUUUUCCAACAAGCUUUUACUCUGUUAUGGAGUUUUCUAUGCCUUUAUUUCCAACCCUGUAAUUGUUCUUAAUUCCAGAGUUGUAACUGUGAGGACACAAACCUCUCGGCUGUAUUUGAAUAACUUGAGUUUUUAUUUUCAGUGCAUGUUCAUAAAAUGCACCUCUCAAAUGAA